AUGGACCCUUCAAGCCAAAACGCCGGCAGCAGCAGAAGCUCCACGCUGUCUGUCGACGACGACUUGCCAGCCGAGCAGACCGCCAUGCUCCGCCCUGGUCCGUCAGAGCCGAGCGUUGCGGCUCCAGCGGAGCCUCCCGCCGUCGCAGAUUCGGGCGCAAGUCCCGGACCGCCAUCACCCCCGGCAAAGAAACCCGAGCCCAAGCUGUGCGGUGUAUGCAGCGCUCAACCGGGCAAGUACAAGUGCCCGAGGUGCUCAAUGCCAUACUGCUCCGUAGCCUGCAACAAACAGCACAAAGAAAACCACCCGCCCGACCCGCCUCCGCCUGAGCGCCAGCCCGAAGCGCAAAACCCCACCCCUACCCAGGAAUCCGCCGCCGCUACCGACGACGACCCUUACACGAUCCUCCUCGACCAUCGCGAAGCCUUUGCCCGCCUCUUUCAGAAAUACCCCACCCUCGCGGCGGAGCUCAACCGCAUUCAACAAGCCACCCUCCCUCCGCCAGCAGCAGACGACGAUACCAACGGUAGACACAACCAGCAGCAGCGGCGGGGGCAGGGGCGGGCUGUUCCCUGGACGCGAGACGUGGGCUUGCGCAAGGGCGCCGCGGCGCUCCGCAAGGCCCGCACAGACCCGUCCGAGACGGGCGACGGGGUACGCGAGUUCUGUGAGUUGGUGCUGUUUCUUCUGUCCAAGCAGGAGGAGCAGCAAAAGGAGAAGGAGAAGCGCGGGGUGAUUGGGAGGGUCAGGGAGGAGGUGGCGGCUGAGGAGAUGGGGGUUAUCGAGCGCUUAUUGAGGGAGGAGGGGGGUUAG